GGGUGAUUGAGUGACUAACGCGAGGCUUCACAAUGUCGUUCUCAUCAUCUAAUGAAACUAACGAACCGUCCAUCGACGACUACGAUGACUACUACGAACCGAUGGUCCCUGAGUACAAUCCUUGUCCGACACCGCCGCCAUCUCCCCCGUAUCCUUACUACCCUUACCAAGCCAAUCCUUACCCUUACCCUUACCAAGCCAAUCCACUUACGGAAUGGGUUCCUGUUGGUGUCUGGACCCCAUGGACCCCGUACAAUACCUCGGUUUCAAAUUCGUACCUGUCUUAUGCGAUGCCUUACCAGAAUCCUUAUCCUGGGGAAUGGACUCCUUGGACCCCUUACCUUGCCGAGCCGUAUCCCUGGACCAACAAUGGGAUAAACUCUGCUGGGAUGUACACUCCCCCUCCCAGCCCUGUCACUAUUCCUCCCGGGAGUAUUUUGACUCCUCCAAUGCUGCUGGUGCCCAUUCCGAUAAGACCGAGAUGGUACCACCACCCUCGACCGAAACAGACUCUCGCAUUGAAGAAGAAUUAUGUCCAGGUGGCACCACCCAAAGAGAACCUCGCAUUGAAGGGAACUCAGGAAAGACAUGAGAUGACAAUUUGGGAUCAAAUCCAGGGAUCCUUCAGCGAACUGCAGUCGUCUUCCAAGGACACACCGUCAACUGAGGAACUGAAAUCAGAAGAAGAAGACCAGCCGGACCAUGACGAGGACAUGAAUGGUGAUGACGAAAUGAGAGCAUAUGAGCUGGCUGAAGUUGGUGUAGAACAGGUUGAGAAUGCUCCGAUUAGAGAUGAGGUGGAAGAGAUCUUCAUUGACAUUAAUGAAGAUGAGUUCGAAGAUCUUGCAAAUACUCUGGCUGGAGAUAAUGCGGAAGAGAUAUUGAAUGCUCUUGCUGGAAAUGAGGAAGAGGAUCUUACAAAUGCUCCUGCUGGAGAUGAGGAGGAAAAGAAUAACAUUGUUGAAUCUUCAUUUGAGCUAGUGGAGCCUAUGGCGGAAGGAACAGAGAACAACGAUUCAGAUGACAAUCCUCUGUUGCUCCACAUGAAAGAAUGUGGUUUGCUUUCGUGCAAGGACCGCGGAAAGCCGCAUAUGCACACGUCGUAUGGAACCUGGCUCUUCUGAAAUGGCUAGUUACACAACGUAUAACCAAUUCUCUCGCAACAUAAAUCAACUUUUUUCACAUCUCAAACUUGCUCAUAUCGUGCUUUUCUUUCCAAUUCCCUAUAACAAGUAACACCGUAG